GAUGAGAAAAAUGGGGAGGCAGCAAAAGACACAUUGGACGAUCUAUUUCCUAACGACGACGACCAGGUUCAAGGUAAGCUACGGAAGAGCGGCGAGUCGGCGGCCCAGCAGGGGGGCUACGAGAUCCCGGCCCGUCUACGGACGUUGCACAAUCUGGUGAUCCAGUACGCUUCGCAGGGGCGCUACGAGGUGGCCGUCCCGCUCUGCAAGCAGGCUCUGGAGGACCUGGAGAAAACGUCGGGUCACGAUCACCCCGAUGUGGCGACAAUGCUGAAUAUCCUGGCGCUGGUCUACAGAGACCAAAAUAAAUAUAAGGAAGCUGCCCACCUUCUUAACGAUGCUUUGGCUAUCCGGGAAAAGACCCUGGGAAAAGACCACCCAGCU